CUUUUAAUCUCAGGCGCUUCUUUCGAAGCAUGGUUAAACCUAUCCAGGCAGUGUCAGGUGUAGGAGCCUGCAGAGACAAAUGGGAGGGGAUUAUACUUGACGUUGAUAAUCUCACUGCCAACCAUCAGCGAGAUUACUCUAUCAGAGAGCAAGAGCGUGCUGAGAGAGAGCGGUGUGAUGCAUUCUUGGUAAUGGGAAUCAGUGGUGGAUUACCUGCAGCAGAAACCUCAGGAAAAAUUCUUCUCCAAACCGCGGUACAUGCUGUGCACCAGAAACGUGGGGGAAAUUUGCCCGUCAUCCGGCUGUUGCUGAUCUGACCCGCUCCAGCACUAAAACUGUGGUGGUGAUGGUGACGCCAUUGUCAAAGAAUAUGGACACCAGAAUUAAGAACAGAAAGGUUGCUGUUUGAGGAGAAAUUAUCAGAUUUAAAUAUCAUGGAUAAAGUGUACCGAAAGUACCGUGAGCAGGUUUUGGCUGGGAAGAUCCAGGAUGAAAUUGGGAUCGAAGCCUUUCAGACAGAUCAUUUUGGCAGUGGCGUUGUCCGUAAGGAAAAUGAUCUGAACAAUGAAGAAAAACAGUACCUCCUGGCUGUAGAGAGAGGCGACAUGGCCAACGUAAGACGAUACCUAGAAGACGCGCCAGUAUAUUACAGCAUAAAUAUCAACUGUACAGAUCCACUGGGAAGAUCGGCGCUGCUUGUGGCCAUCGAGAAUGAGAAUCUUGAAAUGAUCGAACUUCUUUUGAGUUUUGGAGUUGAGAUGAGAGAUGCCCUCCUCCAUGCUAUUAAUGAAGAGAAUGUGGAAGCAGUAGAGUUAUUGUUGCAGUAUCAAGCAUCGCGGAAAAAAGAUUUGACUCUUAUGGGCCAUUCUGGAGAUCGGGACAUGGAGGGCUACCUCGGUGGAACCCCUUCAGAUUCCUUCACCCCUGACAUCACUCCCAUUAUUCUGGCUGCACAUAGAGACAAUUAUGAAAUCAUCAAGAUACUCCUGGAUCGGGGUGAUCGCAUACCAAAGCCGCACGACGUACAAUGCAGCUGUCGAGAAUGUGUAGCAAACAGUUCCGAUGAUAUUUUGCGACAUUCGCGAUCACGCAUCAACGCGUAUCGUGCUCUUGCUAGUCCUAGCCUUAUAGCACUGUCCAGCAAAGACCCAGUUUUGACUGCAUUUGAACUGAGUUGGGAGUUGAAACGACUGAGCCGAAUUGAGAAUGAGUUUAAAAUUGAGUAUGAGGGUUUAUCUGUGCAAUGCCAGGAUUUCGCAGUGGAUCUCUUAGACCAGACGAGGGGAUCUCAUGAACUGGAAAUUGUUCUAAACCAUGACUCGAGUGGUGCUGUGCCUCAUGAUUCAAGUCCUGAUAGGAUGAAACUCAGCCGCCUCAAGCUGGCCAUCAAGUAUAAACAGAAAAAGUUUGUAGCACAUUCAAAUUGCCAGCAACUCUUAGCGUCGCUGUGGUAUGAAGGUUUACCUGGUUUCCGCAGGCGCCAUAUUGCCUUCAAGGUUAUCAUGACCUCGGUCAUCGGCAUGCUGUUUCCAUUGUGGUCAUUAAUCUACAUCAUGGUGCCGAAAAGUUCUUUGGGAAAACUUCUUCGGAAGCCAUUUGUCAAGUUUAUAUGUCAUAGCUCCUCCUAUUUCACAUUUUUGUUUUUGUUAAUCCUCGCCUCCCAACACAUAGAAUCCAUUGACAGCAUUACAUUAUGGGGGGAGAGCAAGGCAAGCAGUAGCCUACAGCUUGGGGAGAUCCGUGGUGCUCCCCCUACCAUUAUAGAAUGGAUGAUCCUUCUGUGGGUGAUAGGUCUAAUAUGGGCAGAGAUAAAGCAGCUUUGGGAUGAAGGUGCCCAGGAAUAUAUACAGGACAUGUGGAACAUUCUGGACUUUGCCACAAACACAUUGUAUAUUGCUACUAUAACACUCAGGAUUGUGGCCUACAUGAAUGUUGAGCGAGACGUCUCGGGAGGUGUACCCACCAGAUAUGUCCCCAGAAAAGACUGGAACGCCUUCGAUCCCAACCUCAUCGCCGAGGGUACCUUUGCAGCUGCCAAUAUCUUCAGCACUCUAAAACUCAUCUACAUUUUCACUGUGAAUCCACAUUUAGGGCCCUUGCAGAUUUCCCUGGGGCGCAUGGUGAUGGAUAUCAUGAAGUUCAUGUUUGUUUAUUUUCUGGCAUUGUUUUCAUUUGCCUGUGGCAUCAACCAGUUAUAUUGGUACUAUGCAGCUGCCAGAAGACAAGAGUGUCAAGUCAGCGAGAAUGAGUGCAAGAAAAAUCAUGAGGCAUUAUCUAAUUUGUUUGAGAUUAUGCAAACUCUUUACUGGGGCAACUUUGGUCUAAUAGACUUGGAACAUUUUACUCUGAAGGAAGACCACACCAUCACACAGCUCUUGUUGAAGCUGAUGUUUGGAACCUAUUCUUGGAUUGCUAUUGUGGUGCUACUCAACAUGCUCAUUGCCAUGAUGAGCAACUCUUUCCAGAUUAUUUCAAGCAUGCAAGACACGGAGUGGAAAUUUGCCCGCUCAAAAAUGUGGAUGAGUUAUUUUGAGGAAGGUGGCACCCUCCCUGCCCCUUUCAAUAUCAUACCCACUCCCAAGACAGUCUGGAAUAUUCUGGUCUGGCUGAAGAAUGUUUUUUGCAGGUGCUCUAAGAGACAGAAGAGAAAUAGGUGGCAGAGUAUUAGGAAACUUGUUAAGAAAAUCCAUGACAGGGAACAGAAGUACCAGGCGGUAGUUCGAGACCUUAUCAAACGCUACAUCAUGUCCAAGCAGAGGUUCAAGGAAGACGAAGGGGUCACAGAAGACGACAUCAAUGAGAUAAAGACUGACGUAUCAUCAUUUCGUUAUGAAUUACUUGAAAUUCUACGGAACAAUGGCAUGAAGAUCCCAGAAUACACACAGAACAAACCAAGUUCGAGUAAGAAAAAACAACGUAAAAAACGAUAUCGAACCAGGUGAAAGCGUCCCAUCGCAAUCCGCAGUACGGAGCCAUAAAAUUCUUACAAGGAUGAGAAGACUGGAACAAAAGAGGAGCAAAACAAGAUUCUCUUUGCAGGAUCUUGACCGGGUGCGUCAAAGGAUUACAUCCAGCUCUCCAGAUCUAUAUCGGCAAGGGAACCAAUCAAGUUCAUUACGCAUGGCCCACAGUAAUGGCUUGAAGAAACGGCCAGAUUUGGAGACUGUGCAGGAAGAACGAUUUGAACGCUCAAAACACUGGAGUCUGAAAAACAAUCGAGGGCCACCGAAAAAUGUGCGUACCAAAAUGGUGCCACAGGACAGUCUUCAAGAUGAGGGAAUUGGGGAGUCCUUUGAUCAGCAGACGGUCGUCAGUGAGCCAGGUUGUACUACGAACGGACCUAAUGGCUACCUGAACAAUUCGUUUGACAGAAUGAAAGGAGAUGACAUUGAAGUAGUAUUGGACCCAAUCCAGUCUGAGACCACCACAGAGCAAGUUGUGGUAAAUAAUAAUUCAGAAAUUCUCCUGGAACCCAGAACCCUUCCAGGUUUUGAAAAAAGACGUCCCGAUACACCUAGUGAACAGAGGAGUCCCUUUACGAACAAGAGACUUGGGUCCAUCAAGAAGGCCAACUUCUCCUGGGGGAGUUCCGAGGAAAGUGAAAAUGAAGAUUGUGGCAACAUUGGCAAGCAGACAUAUUACUAUGAUGGAAAACCUCAACUAGAGGGUCUUCCUGAAGAGAAGUCACCAUCAAACUCCCCCAAGGGUGACAAGAAAAGUGAGAAUAAAACAGUUCCCACAACACAUUUCUAACUUCACCAUGUCCCCGUCUCUGACAAACCCUUUGUUGAAUGUCCAGUUUGUUAGCAAAAUUUUCAGUUAAAAAUUUUCAGUUUCAGUUAAGUCGGGUUAAUAGGUUCUAACAAGUAAGUACCUUGGUUUAAAAGGGUAUGUAAUUUUCCUUUCCCUUGUGCGUCCGUAGAAAAUGUUUCAGAGAAGUUAAAUGGUAUAUAUGCCACCCACGUCUCUCUAGAUCAGACCAUGUGUUCUUAUUACGUAUCUAUAUACCUCAUCUUUAUCUCUGCUGUAGAGAUAUACAUAACCUAGAGCAAAGAGUCGAGAAAACAAAUGAUAUGCUGUUAGCUAAGGUAGUCAUGGCCAGUAUCCAAAAUGGGAGCCUUUCUGAAAGGACUCCAACUUCUUUUACGUGGUACAUAGGAAA